UCCGCUCCGUGUUUUGUCGGUAUCCCCUGAACUCCAACCCUCGCUCUCUCUGUCAGCUUCUCAUUCCGUCUCAAUAUGCCUCAAGAUGGCGGCCAAUGCUGGAUCAAUGUUUCAAUAUUGGAAGCGCUUUGAUUUACAACAACUGCAGAGAGAACUAGACGCCACCGCCACACAGCUGGCCAACAGACAGGAUGAGAGCGAACAGUCCAGGAAGAAACUCAUUGACCAGAGCCGCGACUUCAAGAAGAACACACCGGAGGAUGUCAGAAAGCAAGUGGCUCCUCUGCUCAAGAGCUUCCAGGGAGAGAUCGAUGCCUUGAGCAAAAGAAGUAAAGAAGCAGAAGGUUCCUUCUUGAACGUCUACAAGACAUUAAUAGAUGUCCCAGACCCCGUCCCUCUGCUGGAGUUGGGUCAGCAGUUACAGCUGAAGCUCCAGCGGAUGCACGACAUCGAGACAGAGAACCUCAAACUCAGAGAGACUCUAGAGGACUACAACAAAGAGUUUACUGAGGUCAAGAACCAGGAGGUGACUAUUAAAGCCCUGAAGGAGAAGAUCCGGGACUAUGAGCAGUCCCUGAAGAACCAGGCUGAGAACCUGGUCCAGGAGAAACAGGUCCAGCUCCACAAUGACUAUGCAGAGAAGGAGAGAAAGCUCCAGGAGAGCCAGGACUCCAUGUCCUCUAAGCUGGUUGAGGCUGAUCACAAAGCCCAGGUCUUACAGACAGCUCUUGAAACAACUCAGGCAGAGCUCUUUGAUCUGAAGACCAAGUAUGACGAGGACUGCACAGCAAAGGCCAAUGAGAUUGAAAUGGUGAUGACUGAUCUAGAGAGAGCCAAUCAGAGGGCGGAGGCAGCACAGAGGGAGGCGGACACUCUGAGGGAGCAGCUGACCUCUUCUAACCAAUCCCUGCAGCUGACCACACAGAUCCAGACCACCCCAGAAAUGGACCAGGCGGUGGAGGCCCUGUCCCGCCCCAGUCUGGAGGCAGAGCUGGGGGCCAAGGACAGGGAGAUGGUUCAGCUGAUGGAUGAUGUUCAGAGACUGCAGGCCAGCCUGUCUAAACUCAGAGAGAGUUCCAGCACACAGAUCACACAGCUGCAACUACAGCUCAGCACCAAGACGGACACCCUCAAGCAGCUGGAGGGAAAGCUGCAGGAACAGGCUGACUAUGAGGAGGUGAAGAAAGAGCUGAGCAUCCUCAAGUCUAUGGAGUUUGGCCCAUCAGACAGCUCAGUGCAGGUCAUGUCUAAACCCCUAGAAGUGUUAUUGUUGGAGAAGAACCAUAGUCUGCAGUCUGAGAGUUCCUCUUUGCGCAUCGCAAACACUGAGCUGAGCGGGUCAGCCAGACGAAAAGGGAAAGAGGCAUCCGUGGAGGAGACCACCACACCCAGUACCCCCUCCCUGCCUCCUCCUCUUCUCCCCCCGUCCCCCCAUCUCCACCUGCCCCAGAUCCCCUCCGACCCCCCUUACACCUCCACCACCAAUGGGACACACCCCUUCACCCCCACUGGCAUCGGCCAGGACUUCUACAGCCCCCACUUUCCUCCGGUGGGGGGCAAGAUGUCCCUCAACUCCCUCCUGCAGCGCCAGCUCAUGCAGACGUUCUACUCCAAAGCCCUGCAGGAGUCCUCUGAGGGAGCAGCUCUACUGUUCGCCCCUGUCCACUACACCCCUACCUCCACCCCUGGCUCUGGCUCUAGCCCUGUCCCGCUCUCGGCCAGCCCCCUGCCCACCCAGCAGUCUCCUGCAGGCCCAGAGGUGAACGGUAGUGGCGGUGCCCUGUCCCCCUCUCCCAGCCAGUCUGAGGGGACUGGGGGCAGUGUGUCUGACUGGGAGGACAUGGACACCACAGAGAUCGCCCGGCAGAUCAAGGAGAAGCUGAUUCAACACAACAUUGGCCAGCGGGUGUUUGGCCACUAUGUUCUGGGCCUGUCCCAAGGCUCGGUCAGUGAGAUCCUGGCUCGGCCCAAACCCUGGAGCAAGCUGACCAUCCGGGGCAAAGAGCCCUUCCACAAGAUGAGGCAGUUCCUGUCUGACGAGCAGAACAUCCUGGCACUACGCAGUAUCCAGGGACGACAGAGAGAGAGCCCAGGCCAGGCCUUUAGUCAGGCGUUACAGGACCUGCCCAAGCAGAGUAUCAGCUCUGACCAAGCCUCCCGGACAGGUAAUAUCACCACACGUAUCCGUACUCCAGAGUGUGGUUCAGACGAGGCCAUCAAGUCUAUCCUGGAGCAGGCCAAGAGAGAGCUGCAGGUGCAGAAAAUUGCAGACUGCUGCCAUGGUCCUUCUCCUGGUGGGGGACUGAGAGGAGGAGGAGGAGGAGGAGGAGGAGGAGGAGGCGGUGGUUCAGACGAGGCUAUCCGCUCCAUCCUAGAACAAGCUCGACGAGAGAUGGAGGCCCAACAGGCUGCUGUGGAACCCAUCCUCAAAGCCUCCUCUUCCUCCUCCUCUUUGUCCUCUCCCUCCCAGAGGGAUCUACUGGUCUCCCAUCUGGCUGCCUCCUUCCCUGCCUACACCCCUCUGUCUCUCUCCGUGAAGAAACCCCCCCCCGCCCUCCCAGUCUCCUCCUCCUCCUCGCCGUUUACAGUCCUGGACUUCAGCUCUAGCGUGAAGAGGGAGGACAGAGGAGCGUCGAUGCCGGACGGCAUGGCUGCUGGCGUGCCGGUGUUGGGUCGGAGCUCUGAGGGGUCUGCCCGGCCUGCAGGGUGGUGGUGGAGCAACAUGAACCCAGACCCCCGCGGAGAUAAACUCACACUGGGGGGAGAGGAGAACCACACCCAGGAGGACUCUAAAGAGGCUCUAGGAAGCAUGUGUGACGCGGCGUCUCGUCGUAAACCCUGGAGCAAGGUGACCUCCAGAGGCCUGCGUAUGCAGCUGUGGUUGAACUGUGACCUGGGUCAGAACACACACAUCGAGCCUGCUCACAACCAAGCAGAGGGCACUCCCAGCCAGACCUCAGCCAGCUGCAGCCCUGCCCCAGAGUCCCCGCUGAGCUCUGCUGAGGAGUCAUCCUACGGUUUAGGAGGGGACCGGGACCCUCUUGCCUCCCAGGCCCCGUCUCUGGAUCCCCCAUAUGGGGAGCCCUCAGGGGGGGAGUCCCAGCCUGGCACGCCCCUCCUCGGCCCCAUCACAGGCCUCAGCAUCCAGGAGACGAUAGCCAUGUCUCCUGAGCUGGACACAUACGUCCUCACCAAGAAGGUCAAGGAGGUGCUGACUGAUAACAACCUUGGGCAGCGUCUGUUUGGGGAGAGUAUCCUGGGUCUGACCCAGGGCUCGGUGUCUGAUCUGCUGGCUCGGCCCAAGCCCUGGCAAAAGCUCAGUCUGAAGGGACGUGAGCCAUUCGUCCGCAUGCAGUUCUGGCUGCAGGACCCACAGAAAGUGGAGAAACUGAUGGACAUGAAACGCCUGGAGAAGAAAGCCUACCUGAAGAGACGUCACAGUUCGCUGAGUGAUAGCCGUUCUGUGGACGGUGGCCUGGCAGGACCAGACUAUCUUCAGAGCGCCAGCCCCCAGCAUCAGCGACGGACUCAGCUGUACCAGAAGAAGGUCCGGGUGGUUCUGGGUCCCGAGGAGAAGGAGGCUCUGAAGAGGGCUUACCAGGAGAAACCCUACCCCUCCCCCAAAACCAUUGAGGAGCUGGCCUCCCAGCUCAACCUGAAGACCAGCACGGUCAUCAACUGGUUCCACAACUACAGGUCUCGUAUCCGCCGGGAGCUCUUCAUAGAGGAGAUUCAGGCUGCAGGGUCAGCGGCAGCAGCUAAAGCAGGGGAGGGGGACAGCUGUGACGGGACUGAGUCAGACAGCACCGUGGAGGGGCACCACGGGAGGCACAGAGGAGCCCCUGAUAACAUGGAGGUCAGGGUUGAAGCCGGGGUGUCAGGUGGAUCCCCUGCCCAGAGAAACUGCACUACCUCAGGCUCGGUCGGGCCGGUCUCCAGCAGCAACAGCAACCUCUUCAGUCUACCUGAGGCAGGUCUCUCUCGCUCAGCCCCUUCCAGUCACACCUCAACCCCGGCUAGGAACCACAGGGACAAUACCCUGCGCAGGAAGAAAGCUGCCAACCUCGACAAUAUCAUCCACAGACUGGAGAAGGCUGCCGGCAAGGAAGACCCGUCUGAGUGGGAGUUCUGAACCUCCCCCCACAUCCCUUUCUCGUGACCUCACAACCUCUGCCCUCUGACUGUCCCCCUGGUCUUCUCCUAUUGGACAGAAGAGGGCACAGCCAAAGCCAAGCUCAUUGGCCAUUUUUAUACACAGUCUCUUUCCUGGGAGAAAGGAGAGAAGUGGUUGCCAAACCAAGAUAUAGAAGAAGAUAUAAUGAACACUUGGAAGACAAAAAUGAGGGAAUCUCAGGCUCUCUGAAUACUGAGUUUCUUUUUCUUUCUUACGGAGAAUCACUUAGUCGCCCUGCUGGCCACAGGGCUUACUGUACCCCCAAACACCACCAAUUACUGUCAGGUACCCCCAAACACCACCAAUUACUGGCAGGUACCCCCAAACACCACCAAUUACUGGCAGGUACCCCCAAACACCACCAAUUACUGGCAGGUACCCCCAAACACCACCAAUUACUGGCAGGUACUGUACCCCCAAACACCACCAAUUACUGGCAGGUACUGUACCCCCAAACACCACCAAUUACUGGCAGGUACUGUACCCCCAAACACCACCAAUUACUGGCAGGUACUGUACCCCCAACACCACCAAUUACUGGCAGGUACUGUACCCCCAAACACCACCAAUUACUGGCAGGUACUGUACCCCCAAACACCACCAAUUACUGGCAGGUACCCCCAAACACCACCAAUUACUGGCAGGUACCCCCAAACACCACCAAUUACUGGCAGGUACCCCCAAACACCACCAAUUACUGGCAGGUACUGUACCCCCAAACACCACCAAUUACUGGCAGGUACUGUACCACCAAACACCACCAAUUACUGGCAGGUACUGUACCCCCAAACACCACCAAUUACUGGCAGGUACUGU